CCCAAUCCGCACCUCGUGACACUCACAUGACCGAUCAGCUGUCUCAUCGCGCCAGGAGCGGAAGCGAAAUCUUGCGCAGAUUUAAUUUAAACUCAACACUUUAGCCUCAGCCGCCCUCGCAGCUCGCACCGAGGCCGUCGCCUCUGCCUUCAGCCACGAUUUGAACGCCUCAGGAGCCGGGAGAGUUGCGGGCCGCCUAGACGGGAGCCGGUGCCAUGGCCAUCCUCUUCUCCGUGGUGGCGCGAGGCACCACCAUCCUUGCAAAGCAUGCCAACUUCAGCGGGAACUUCGUGGAGGUGGCGGAGCAGGUGCUCGCCAAGAUCUCGCCCGAGAAUGCCAAGCUGACGUACUCGCACGGCAGCUAUCUCUUCCACUACAUCUCCCAAGACAGAAUCGUGUACCUGUGCAUCACGGACGAUGACUUUGAGCGCUCGAAGGCGUUUGCGUUCCUGGGCGAGGUGACGCGUCGCUUCCAGACGACGUACGGGUCGCGGGCGCAGACCGCGCUCCCCUACUCCAUGAACAGCGAGUUCUCCUCCGUGCUCGGGGCACAGAUGCGCCACUUCUCGGAGGAGAAGAGCACGGAGCGACUGUCACAGGUGCAAGGGCAGGUGGACGAGCUCAAGGGUAUCAUGGUGAAGAAUAUCGACCUGAUCGCUGAUCGGGGCGAGAAGCUGGAGCUGCUGAUUGACAAAACGGAGAACCUCGUGGAUUCGUCGGUGACGUUCAAACGCUCCAGCCGGAACCUCGCGCGUGCCAUGUGCAUGAAGAACCUCAAGCUGACGCUCUUGCUGGCCAUUGUGGCCAUUGUCAUCAUCUACUUCAUCGUGUCGGCGGCCUGCGGGGGCCUGGCGUGGCAAAAGUGCGUGAAGAAGUGAGGACACGGGGCGACACGGGCAGACGGAGGAGAGGGGGUGGGGGGAGGUGGCUGGGUGGCCCUCGUUCUGCAGAUACCGGGCGGGGGGGUGGGGUGGAGAAAGAGGAUGUGAAUGAGGAUCUCGCAUCCUCCCGUCCUUCGCUUCUCCGCCUUGGGUGAAACAAAAAAAACCUCAUGACGGUACCUGCUCCGCUAUAGCUCAGACUCCACUCCCCUCUCCAAAUAAAGGCCGCUCCUGACAGUGUCGCUAAUUGAAUCUCGUGGCAGCAGCGCGUGGGAGAGUGGUGGCGCGUCUCGCCAAACGUGUGCUGCUGUUAUUUUUCUUCUGUGCAUUUUUGCGCUUUUACUGACGGGCGAAAAACCGGCGAGGGUUGGAAGAGCGGCUGUUGGAGUGGACCCACGUACUAACGUGGGCGGGUAAUGAUUUAUAAAUUAAAACGUAAUGGUUGCGCCCGCUAUACAAGCAUCCACUCGUCUGCACGAGAUUGGAUUAUUUACAAUUCAUGCGAAUGGUCUGCUCUUACGUUUAUGCAAAUGGCAGCGAGUGAAACUGCAAAGGAGACUGGGAAAAAAAUAGAGAAUGCAACGAGGUGUUUAAGUACGAAACAAAAGGCACGGAUUUGUUGUUAAAACCCAUGCCAAUUGGUACGCAGCAUCGCCAUCCAUCGAAUCACCUGGGUCGGUGAAUCUUUGCAUGCCUAUCACAAGGGGCAGGCGUCUUGGAGUCUGCGUGUCUCCCUCUGUCUUCUUACCCACACUUGCUGUGAAGCAGUGCGGGAGAUGCUGAGAAGCAGGUGACACCACGGAUCCAUAUGCGGUAGAUUUAACUUUCGCAUCCUUCAAACCUUUCUCGCCGAAUCCCGUGUUAGUGUUCACCUCUACAGCCUUAAGUAGUGGUGAUAACGAAGUCUUACUACGCGUCCUUGAAAAAGUUGACCUUCAAACCGGGCCCUGGGGAGAGGCACGAGGGGUUGGAGUUUGCAUACCUGUCGACCCCUUCUCGGUGCCCGACCAUGUUACUGACCAAUUCAGAGCUUAUUGGUCACUCCGUGCCCUUAUGAAUCUCAAUGCUCAUCUUACAAAGUCCCAUCACAAGGGAGAAAUAAACAAAUAGACGAACAUAUUUUGUUUGCCUGUAACGAAACGGCUGUACGCCUGUAUGGACCUGUGAACUCAAUUUCCCUGUUCAAGAAUACGGGCUAAACCGGUUUGCUUGGCCGGUAUGAGUUUGAGAAGCCUCCGUCUUGGUUCUGUCGUCAAAUUUGCGAUUUUGUCGCCACCAAGUGGGAAAAAUGUGAAGGUGACGAGCGACAUUCAGCGAAUUUUUGUGGGCCGAGGAUGUGAUGCAGAUACACACAUAUAGGAGCGAUUCCAGUGAGGUAUGAAGAAAUAAUGAUUCGUUUACGUCGUGUAACGCUUGCUAAAUUGUCUAGUUACAUGGCUAUCGGUAUGGUUUAAGGAUCCUGUAUCGGUUUACGAUGUGUGAUGCUUGGUAAAUUGUCCUGUGAUAUUCUUGACAGCUUUAAGAUGGUCUAUCUAGUUACUCGGUUGGGUUGGCCACUUUCAGGAUUUGGCAACGCCUUUGCUGGCGGUGCCUUUUAGUUCUAAACUCUCCUCCCCCGCCAUCUCUCUCGCUUCCCUCGCUAAGAAACCCCCCCCCCCCAUACUUGACCCUUCUCCACCCUGUCCCACCACAGCCACCCGUCCAGUGAAGCUUACCGACUGGUGGUACCGUUGCGACCGACCGGCGGAGCAGCGCUUUGCCGUCGUCGUGUUAAGCACCGACGCGUUGCCGAUUGUUAAUUCUCAUCCGCGGUCCAGUCGCCGCCGAGAUCCUCUGUUGCCAAGGGCGAUGCGGAAGGCAGAUUCUUGUGGGUGCUGCCUGCUGCUGCUGAGCAUUACAAAUUCCUUCUGCGCACUUGCGCUUGUUGCAGCCGCGUCUUCGGAGCAGUUUACUUAACAGUGAAUGUUUGUGCCACGAUCGCAGCCUCGCGCUCAUGCCGAUUAGCCAAAUGCGUUGUACUGUCCAUCUUGGGGGGUUCUGUUGAGUGUUGGGUGAGUUCAGCGGUUAGCCACGCCCUCCCCGGAUUAUGCAGAUCGCAAGUUCGCUUCUCCACGUCGUGCACUGUUCCGGUGUGUUUGACUCGCCGGCCGGUUUCAGGAACCGCUAACUGUGCCGCUUGGUUUAGCGGAAUGCCGUCAUUGCCGGCCGUGACUCGCAGUGACGGCACCGUCGAAGUUCGCAAGCGGCCAAUCGUUGGCGCGACUCGCGCUGUGACGCAUGCCGUUGCUGGAUUGUUUUUUUUUAGCAGUGUCUGUCCGGAUCCUUUGCCAGGAAGGAUAAAGAGCAACACCACUCUCCCGUUUUUACUCCCACGCUGUCUUUCUCUCAUGUGCAAUCUCUCGUUGACACGGCCUCUACUCGGGUGUCGCCCGUGGUUCUCGUCGCCCGCUCCGUUGUUCCGAGUCUGUUCCCCGUUUUUCCUCGCGUUAUCUACUGCAGUGAACGGCAGCGUCGACCGCCCUUAAAGCUGUUGCUGCACAUACGAACUUAUCGUCGAAUCAUUACUUACUGUGUUUUUUAGUUUCACCUGAGAAGUUGUAGAUUGCCUAUUUUAUUUAUCCGUUAAUCGAUGCUUCUCUGUUACCACGUCUGUCUCGUCGUGUCACUCGUUGGGCGUGGAGGAGUAUCACCUGAGUGUUGUGAGCGUGCCAUCCAAGUCGGCCCCGUUCACGUUCGCACCGCUUUUGUUUCAAAGCUUUCCCAAAUUUUUAUCCCCAUUGCUGCUUUUGGGUUUCGCGUCACGAGACACGAAGCAUCCAUUUGGAUGUUUAAAAGCAGUGCCACCCUUGUUGCAGAACGGUCGACAGAUGUGGAUACCACAGCAACCUCUGAGAUUCCCUGAAGUGACCACUGUUGCACACAGAAGAGGGGGUAACACUUUCUCUGCACGGGAGCGUAAUGUGACGCCGCUUGAAUGUAGCCAAAUUGAGUGUGGAACAAAAUUUGACGCUAUAUUGGACUUGUGCCGUGAUUGGUCAAUGGGCUGAGACCAUAGACUUCACUGUACCAAAGGCACCCGUUAAAAUCGCUUGCGGCCUGCCUAAAUUCAAACCCAGGCUAUCAGUGGUGAGGGCUCGGCGCUGUCACCUGAGCCUCCACCCAGUCACAGGCUCCUGGUUUUUAAUACCCAGACUUCACUCAAACGAUUCCACAACGCGUUUCGCCUGUAGAUCUAACACCCCCCCUCCAUCCCAGCAUACACGCGAGACCGAAACAAUCGCGUUUUUCUCCUUGACUGAUGGUCGUACGAAGGAACGGCAAGCCGGUUAUUUGCAACAAAAUCUGUCCGAGCGUGUCAAAUUGGUGGCGAAUGCACCCCUCCCAAACCCUCCGUGCUGCGGGACCUUUAUGGGGACGAUUUAGUUUGCGUCGCUGCAGAUGUCUUGCAUUGUUCGUUGCACCUUUAGUGCCAUGUGUUAUUUCCAGUUGCAAUUAAAAUUUUCUUGUGAAUAUA